AAAGCCCUGUCCUCAUAGCCACGGGAAGAACCUGUGGGCAGAGGUGUCACUGUGACGCUUGCAUCAUCAAAGGAGCCUGGUGACGUCAGCACCAACAGAAGACUCCAGGGUUAGGAGAGCCGUAGAUGGCAGCUGGAUCGUGGUGUGACACAGACCCUAAGAUAUGAUGCUUGGAAGAAACUCAUCCUCAGCGGACGUCUUUGGCUGUCUCUUUACAUCACUCUAACCCAAGCCCUGCAGUGGAGAGAUUUAUUGCUUUUCUUUUAUGCAAUCAAGUCAGACUUCGAUCUGAACACGGGGAGAAACAGAGUGUGUGUGCAGCUGGCCCACAGGAGCAGUCAGCCCCGGGCACUCGAAGGAGGACAGAGGCUUCCCUGACUCAAGUUGCUGUCUCCUGACAGCUGAACAUUCUAGAAGCAACCUCUAAGGUUGGUGGUGUCCAACUGCCCAUACAUUAACCCCUUGUUAGAAGAUGGCAAAUACAUCUUUUAUAUUGCUUAAAAUACAAUUUUUCUUCCUUUUUCCUUAGGAGAGAAUGAAUUUGAAAAGAAUGUUGUUACUGGUUUUAUUUGUUUUUUCACUGAUGUUGGUUAAGCGUUAUUUCAGGAAUUGCCAAGUAGAAGAGCUUCAGCUCUCAGACUGGUUUCAACCCAGAAAACGCCCCGAUGUCAUCACGAAAACGGACUGGCUCGCUCCCGUCCUUUGGGAGGGGACUUUUGACAGGCGGGUUCUGGAAAAACAUUACAGACGGCGGAAUAUCACCGUGGGCCUGGCCGUGUUUGCUACUGGCAGGUUUGCAGAGGAGAACCUGAGGCCAUUCUUACACUCCGCAAAUAAGCACUUCAUGACAGGCUACCGAGUGAUCUUCUACGUCAUGGCGGACGCCUCCUUCCCGCUGCCCCACAUACAGCCCAGUCCUCUUCGAACGUUCAAAGUGUUUAAAGUGGGCACCGGGAUGGGGUGGCCCGACGGCCCCCUGGAGCCCAUGAAGAGCCUGGGUGAACACAUCAUCAGUCACAUCCAGCACGAGGUGGACUUUCUGUUCAGCAUGGCUGCCAACCAGGUCUUCCAGAGCGAGUUCGGGGUGGAGACCCUGGGCCCGUCGGUGGCCCAGCUCCACGCCUGGUGGUAUUUCACGAACACCAAGAACUUCCCUUACGAGAGGAGGCCGGCCUCAGCUGCUUGCGUCCCGUUUGGACAGGGGGAUUUCUAUUACGGCAGCUUGAUGGUUGGUGGCACGCCCCGUAAUAUUUUAGAUUUCAUCGAAAAUUAUCUGAAUGGAGUUAUCCAUGACAUCAAAAAUGGACUCCAUAGCACCUACGAAAAGCACCUCAACAAGUACUUUUACCUAAAUAAACCCUCCAAGCUGUUAUCACCAGAAUACAGCUGGGAUCUUGCAUUUGCUCCCCCUCCACAGGUCCGGUAUGUCAAAGUGGGACAUAUUUCCCACAGGAAAUUAUGAUGACACCGUUAGGCUCACGACGAAUAAACGGAUCGCAGCAAUUUCUUAUAAAUGUGGGACUUCUUAAAGCCUUGCAUUUUUUAGAGACGUAAACAUUUACAUCCUUCCAAAAUAAGUGUUUCCUCUUGCCAUUUUGAGCCAUCUUAUUUGGCUAAUAUAGAAAAAAGAAAAAAAGGUUCAUUACUUAAUGUGAAUACACAGUAAUAUCAUCUAUGUGUUGUAGAUAAUUCGGAAAUACUUUUGACAAAGAACGAAUUUUUUUUCUAGUUCAGAAAAAAUAUUCACAAAAUGGAAAAGUUGUACAUACAAAGGACAAAAAGUAAGUUCCAGGCCACUCAUUAAGUAUUCAUAGUGUUUUUCCACACUGGGAUACACGUGGCUCGUGGUCAACCCCUCCUGUUGUCUCAGCCUGUCCAGUGUGUGAGUCAUCACAGGUGAGCUAGAGGAAUCUGGUCAAAGCCACGUCUUACUUUCAUGAUUUCAAAGCAAGAUAUUCAAUUUGUUCUGUUAAAAAGCUGUAGGUAUUUUAUUUUUUAAAAAAGAUAUUUAUUGAGCUCCGUGGUAAAGGCGUUCUGCCAGAUGCAGACAGGGAUAGUAAGGAGUUUGGAACACCUGUGCUGUGUCCCUGGCAGCCUGCUGCCUGGCAGGGGUUGAGGCCGCGUGCUAAGAGCGCAUAUUCAGAAUGCUAAAAGUGACAAGGAAGAUGCUCACCUGAGCUCUGUGGUGGGCAGGGAGCCAGCACCUCCACGAAACGCUUUGUGUGGCCACAGAGGGGAGUGCUCCUAACUCCGCGAGCAGCUGCAGCUGUGAACAGCUUUGGCAAGUGUUACGGUGGGACUCACAUCCCACCCCAUGACUAUGCUGAAGUGUCGGGGUUCACUCGGGGAGACUGGUAAAAUAUUAGGGAAAUAUCAGGGGAAGUUAGAAGAUUAUUGUCUCAAACCUUUUGGAAGGCUGAAAGGUUUGAAUGGAACGGGCUGAAGGCAGCUGGUUCAUGACGUUAGAACUUUAAGUCGUAGGGUAAAAGAUUAGGGACAAGGAAAGCUUCCCCAGUGAAGUCUGUUUACCCCGCAUUCCUCUGUCUCUGCUCUAAUUUGUUUGCUCAUGUAAACUUUGUGCUGGACGGUCCUCUCAGGGGGAGGUCAAAGGGGAAUCACCCGUGAAUGGUGUUUACUCUGGGUCCUGGUACCUAAAGCUUUUGUCAUUUGUAAGAUGACUCUUGUAACCGUGUUUAUUAUGCACAAGCAUGUUGACUUAGAAACCUCUGUUAGUAAAUCUAUCCUGAGUAAAUGUGAGGCGUUACAGGGACUUACAGUUGGUCGCCUGCACUUGCCCUCUGAAAGCAGCUGACAACCAUCCCUAGUCCACUCAGAUCAGGGCGUGUGAGUGCAUUCAUUCAUCCAUCAUCGAGUCAGAGUCUGCAGGACCCAGACCUCCACAGGUGGAGACCCCAACGUGAUCGAGGUCUCACUGAACUCCGCACCUCAGAAUGAGACUGUGUCUGAAGACAGGGCUGUUAAAGAGGCCAUUAAGGUAAAAUGAGGCAUUAAGGUGCACCCUAAUCCCACAGGACUGGCUGGCGUCCUUAUAAGAAGAGGUGAGGACACAGACACACAGAGGGGCGACCGUGAGGACACAGGGAGAAGAGGCGCCUGCAAGCUGAGGGUUGAGGCCUCUGGAGGAGCCAGCCCUACAGCACCUUGAUCUUGAACUUCCAGCCUCCGGCACUCUGAGGAUGCACAUUGCUGUUGCUGAGGCUGCCCAGACCAGCCCAUCAUAUUCUGUUAAUGGCGGCCUGAGCAAACGGAUCCAGCAGGUGUCCCCAAAAUAACGGCAGCUCGAACACUCAGUUGCAAGGAGUGCGGUCUACCACUUCCUGGGAUGGAAGACUGUGAGAAGUAGAAAAGUUCCUCUUUAAAGUGUCCUUGCUUGUUAAAGAAUAAAUCAUAAGUGUGCCAAUAACUCUUUGUGAGGCCCUAUCCUGUAGCUGUGAGACACGCCGUGCUUACAGGCACGUAGUACAUUCUGCGUCCUUGUACUUUAACCAAGAUGCCUGUGCUGGACGUGCU